AUGGGGUACCCCGGGACGAACGACGAUGACGAUCAAUACCGGGUGCCGUUGAUAGCGAAGUUGCUGCACGCCCUGCCGCACUACAACAUCACCUUCCAUCGCAUCAACAACACAUUUCGCCCAUCAAAUGACGUCUAUCUAGAGAGUCUUGGAAUUCUGGGCUCGAUACCAGCCGCCCUGCUGAUCGUGUCGUUGUUCGGGCUACUUCUUUACUUACUGACACGCUGUUGCGAUCGAAAACCACGGCCAGCCCAUUCGAUAACCAGUCUAAAAGUAACGCUCUCAAUCGUAACCGUCCUGUGUUGCGCCGCAAUUGGACUUGGACUAUACGGCAACGAUGACCUGCACAAUGGUCUCCUCGAAGUGUUGCAGGCUGGCCGAAAGGUGGACGAAGUCGUUUCGUCCGUACGCAACCAGACGUUCAUCCUCGAGAACACGCUGACGAUGAAGAUCCAGCAGCAGCUGACUGAGUUGGAGGAUAUUUUCGACCAGAAGACGAACAAUCAAACCGCACUGGCUCAGCUCCAACAGGCGCUCUUGACGGCGAAGGGCAACAUCACGAUUGCGAAGAAUGCAGCCAACGACAUCCGGCGGCCACUUGUCGGGUUGACUAUAACGGACUUCCUUGCGAAGGGAGACCAAUGGGAGCUGAUCCGCUGGCCAGGCACGGUGGCCAUUUUGGCUCUACUGCUAGUACUCUGCGCAGUACUGCUGGUCGGAGUUGCCCGCCAUUCGCGUUGUGCUCUCAUAUUGUUCAGUGUGUGUGGACUGCUGGCUGUGACUGGGUCAUGGCUGAUGUCCGGCCUGUACCUCUCGACCUCCGUAGCCGUCGGUGACCUGUGCAAUGAUCCCGCCGACUUUCUCGUGCACCAGGCUCCGCAUGAGCUGCCCGCUGACAUACUGCUCUACUACACCCAGUGUGACAUCUCGCGCUCUAACCCCUUCACGCAGCGAUUGCGAGAAUCGCAGAACGCCAUCAACAACGCCAGGAAUGCGAUGAGCAUUGUAUCGAAGAUCUCACCGGUGCUGUUCAAGAACGCUGGUCUCGCGCCAAAGCUCGGUUCUGUUAAUGCAGACAUCAAGCUGUGUGAGCGACUCCUCACAGGACUAACCGCACAAGUAGACUGUCGAGCUGUCCACUCUAGCUAUCUCAUCGCCACACGGGGCCUGUGCGAGUGUGGCCUACUCGGAUUGGUGCUGAUGCUGAUCGCCAGCUUCAUGGCGGCCAUCUUGCUUACCAUCAUGGUUUGGGUCGAUUCGCACACGUGGAUCUACAUUCGCAAGAGAAAUGACUACGCACAGGUCGAGGAGCAAUCAUACGUAUCGCAUCAGCUGCAUCCGCAGAGUCAUCAGAACAUGAACACGCGCACGUUGCCACACCAUCCAAAAGGGCCACCUGUUAUCAGCGGGUCACACACGAUCGCUCAUCCAGGUCGUAACGCUAAGCACGACAUGAAUCAGGUGCAACAGGCACAACAGCAACUUCAUCAUCAGCAAGCACAUGCCCAAGCCCAACAGGCUCAGGCUCAAGCUCAGGCACAUAUGAUGCAUCACCACCAGGCAAUGAUGCGAGCUGGUGGUACACAUACACUAGGGCGUCUGCCAUCCCACAGCAGCCCAACACACCUGCACGGUCCGAACAACGGCAAGUACGCCACCCUCAGUAAGCACUGCAAGACGCUCGACGCCAACGACUUCUACUGA